ACAUUAGUGACUUGCCAUCGUACUAGAGUUAGCAUGUGCAAAAAUGCACAGGUGUGUGGUUUAUUGUCGUUUUUUUAUAUAAGCGGUUUGCAUCAAUGGUAACCGAAUGUCGCAUUUUACCGCUCUGUAGAAUAUAUAAUUGUCAGAGUGUUAAACAAAAUAUUCCGCUAUCUAAAUUGUGCGAUGUCACCCAAUCGCUGACGUGGACCCAAUCUUGCCAGUGCCGUAAAUAGGAUUUGGCAGCACUGGCCAGAGUUACCGACAAUAGCAUGAAAUGUAUUUUUAUAUACGUCGCACGUCCCGGGCCAGCUAACCUCUCCGAAUGUGUUUAGAGGCGUGAAUGAUUGGGUGUUUUGCUUGAAUGAAUGAAUAAAUAAAUAUUGAAUAACUAUGAAUCUUAUCAAAUGCCGUGAAUGCGCAUUCACGGCAUUUGGUAAGAUUGUAUGUCCCCGGAAGCGUGAUGUCAUACCUGGCAGAACGUCUGCCUGGUGUGUUGAGUGGGCCUCAGCCAUGGAGGCCCAGCUCGGCCGGCCGUGCCGCGCUCCUGUUACUCGCGCUCGGACCAGUGCAGUGUCGGGCGGUCCUCUGGGCAGGUCGCCACACUCCGCAGUGCUGCGGCCGAACCACCAACCUGCGCCACCAGAAUUAGUCGACCGCUGGUAAUUCGGACCACUCCAUCAGACCGACAUCAUGCUCGACAUCCUUAAAUCCGUGAAGGGUGUGCUGAAGCCCGAAGCUGUGUGCAUCGACAACAAUGUGUUUCGCCUGCACUACAAAGGGACCACAGCACUUCUGCUCGUAUGCUGCCUUCUGGUCACGUCCAAGCAGUACCUUGGUGACCCAAUCGACUGCAUUUUCGACGGCGUCAAGGACAAGGAGAAGGGCAAGGCGAUGGACACCUACUGCUGGAUUCACUCGACAUUCACCGUGCAGGUGCCGCCGAACCGAACGGGGAAAAUCGGCGAGCAGUUCCCGUACCCAGGCGUGGUGACGCCACAGGAAGGCGACAAGUUUAAGCACCAUUUGUACUACCAGUGGGUGGCAUUCACGCUCUUCUUCCAGGCGAUGCUCUUCUACGUGCCGCACUACCUGUGGCAGGUGUGGGAGGGCCAGAAGUGCCAGAUGCUGGUCAUGGACAUGCAGUCCCCCGUGACGAAGGAGGAGGCGCGCCGGGACAGGCAAAAACUCAUCACCAACUACUUCUCGCUUAACCUGCAUCAUCACAACUUUUACGCUGUGCGAUUCUUCUGUUGCGAAGUUCUCAACUUCUUGAACGUCAUUGCGCAGAUCUUCUUCACGGACCUGUUUCUGGGCUACGAGUUCACGACGUACGGCUGGCGCGUGGUCCAGUUCGCCAACAUGGAUCAGGAGGACCGGCCCGACCCGAUGGCGCUCGUGUUCCCCAAGAUGACCAAGUGCACGUUCCACAAGUACGGAGCCUCCGGCACCGUGCAGCGCAUCGACGGACUUUGUGUGCUUCCCCUCAACAUCAUCAACGAGAAGAUCUACAUAAUGCUGUGGUUCUGGUUCAUAGUGCUGUCGGUGUUAACGGGUCUGGUGCUGCUGUAUCGAAUCGCUCAGGUGUUCCACCCGCAGCUGAGGCUCCAGCUGCUCAUGGUGCGCGCCAGACUGGCUUCGCACCAUGACGUUGCUAUCGUUGCGCGCAAAUGCCAGAUCGGCGACUGGUUUGUGCUAUAUCAGAUGGGAAAGAACAUGGACCCAAUCGCGUUCAAGGAACUGAUCGGGAAACUGGCGAUGCGUUUUGAGGGCAAGGACACGGAGGAGUAGCGGACAGUGAUAUGAAGAUGACGUAGAAUUGUGUUGUGGCCAAGGCGAUCUAUGCCAUAUGUCAUCCCGUUGGUGGCAGCGGAUUGGUGUCGACUGUCGAGUGUUCUUUUGGCUGUUUUCCUCAUUACGCAGCAAUAGCGCUGGGUUUGGCGUGUGUAAAGUGUAUGCAUUACACAAGUGUUAACAUGAUGAGCGAUGUACAUAAUUUGUCUCUUGUUGGCUAAUUAGUAAUUAGCUUAUUUGUCACUGAAAUACUGAAGUAGGUGUCUUCUUAACUGCAAAGAAGCCUCAACUCUGAAUCGGAGCGUCGAAAGAGGAGCUGUGUGGUAACUGGUAACUCUGUCGGAGUGCUAAUGAAGACUAGAUUUUUUUAACUGACCUGAAAAA